AUGAGUGGAGACCCCGUGACGGAGCCCCCUGCCCAUCCCCGCGGGUCCCACCGGGAUCCUCCUGGCACAGCGAAGGAGCCGAGCCCGAGGUGUCUCACCGGGGUCCUCCCUCUUCCCUUCUGCCGAAAUUUUCCCGGGAGCGUUUUCGGGCUGUUCGCUCCCAGCCUUGCCAGCGACUCCUCCCCGGCUCUUCCCGCAGGCUCGGCCCAGCCGGGAUUCACCCGGGACAGGGCAGGAACAGGAAAGGAAGGAUCCAGAAGGGGUCUGGAUCCCUCAGGAAGGAAUUCCAGCCGGGAUUCGGCUUCCCGGGCCUGGAGAGGAGGACUCCGAGGAAGGACAGCUGCCCUGGAGUGCGGGAAACUGGAGGACCUGCUGGAAGACCUGAAAAAUGAGCUGGAGAAGAGGCAGGCGAAAAAAAAAACGGAGAUUUCCCACCCGGACACCCCGGCACAGGGGCAGGAAGAGAAGAAUCAGCAGCCGGAUGUGAAAAGCUCCAUCAGCAGGUGUGGGAAAGUGACUUUCCAGCUGCCCGUGGAUGCGGCUCCGGGGCUGGAAGAGCGAGUUUGUCACUUCUCGUGGAGGAGCAGCGCCCUGAAGGAAACCCUGAGGAAGCUCCAAGCCAGCGUGACCCUGGACCCCGACACGGCUCACCCCGACCUCGUCCUGUCCGAGGACGGCAAGAGCGUCUGGCACGGGGCCGAACCCCGCGACCUCCCGGCCAGCCCGGAGCGCUUUGACUACUGGCCCUUCGUGCUGGGCCACCAGGGCUUCGUGGCCGGGCGCCACUGCUGGGACGUGGACGUGGGCGACGGCGGCGACUGGGCCGUGGGGGUGGCCAGGGAGUCCGUGAGGAGGAAGGGGAGGCUCAGCCUCGGCCCCCAGGGCGGCAUCUGGGGCCUGGAGAAGUGGGGAGGGCAGGUCCGGGCGCUGACCACCCGCAAGGUGACCCUGGUGGCCCCGAGGUGGUUGCCCCGCAGGGUCAGCGUCCACCUGGACUGCGGCGGGGGCACGGUGGCGUUUUUCGACGCCGAGGACGGGGGGCUCCUGUUCGUCUUCUCCCGAGUGUCGUUCGCCGGGGAGAGGCUCCGGCCCUGGCUCUGGGUGGUGGGGGCCAGGUCCCGGCUCCGGUUGUGUCCCUGAAAAACGUCCCCGGAGCAGCCCCUUGGGAUGGGGUUUGUUCUUGGGAGAAACCCGGGAAAAACGAGGCAAAAGAGAGGGGGGAAGCUGGGGAGGAGGAACCGUGGGGCGCGGAAAUGGGAAACAGCGGGAAAACAGGAGAAAUCCGGAUGGAAAGGCAAAUUUCCCCAAGGCUUGGCUGACUGGCUGUGGGUGAUCCCAUCUGAUCUGGCCACUUCCAAACCGAGGCCUCCAAAUCACGUUUUUUUUAACCUUUCCCCCGGCCUCCAAUGGGUGGGGUUGCCCUAAAGCCGCCGUUUUCUCCCUGGGAAAGGUCCCCGUGGUGAACAGGUCUGUGGGUCCCAUGAUUUAUGUCAUUAAUAAUAAAAAAAAAGGUUGUGAU